AAAGGGAAAAAAAGGAAAAAAACAGGGACGAGCUCACAACAACAACAACCACGACGACCAGGACGUGGACCCCAAAAGUCCACUUGCACUUUUUGGGCCGACUCGUCCGAUCGCCAACGAGGAAACCGAUGUCACAAUGGCCACAAAUUUCAUCAUAUCCGACAGCGAGUCUGAACCGUCUGAGGAGGUAGAAGAAGGGGACAACACCCAAGGAGCCGCAGAAAAGGAGCCGUGCCUUCGCCCAGGCCUCACCCUCACCUUACCCGGGCUCCGGAUGGCAGCGAUGUCGGGCCGGAUCCGGCUCAACUCGGAGUCCAACGCUUCCACGGUGUCCAGAGACGAGGAGCUCCAGGCCAGGGUGGACGAGGAGGCCGGUACCCCCACCGACGGAGCUCCGUUUCGGGGACGCUCCAAGUCGGCUCCCCCCGCGCUCUGGGCCGCCAAGAAGUACGGGCGGCAGCUGCGGCGGAUGAGCGACGAAUUCGACAGCCUGUUUGACAAAGGGGAGUUGAAGUUAAAGAGUGCUGGCGGCACAUCGCGGCCGAUCCACCACUCCAGUUCCUGGUGGAGCUACCUCUUCAGCCACCAGGAGACGGAGGGCGAAAACAACCACCACGACAACCACGCACAUCGUACAGAGUAGGCACCGACUGAGACGGAACUUUCGGGGGACAGGGUUUCCUCCUCCGCCGGACUUUUGGCCUGCAAUGAAGAGACGUAGUGACAUGGACUGAGGCGCGAGCUCAGGUCUCUUUUCUUGAACUACUUUUUCGUGCGAUUGUUCUUUUUUUUUUUUUUUUUUUGCUAUGACGAUAUUGUUGGGAACCUGACAAAACCUGAGCGAGAGGUGUAUUUAAAGGACAUCGUUUUACGCCAACACUAUGCAACCUACUGUAGACGGACAGGGGAGGUGGUUCAAUGUGGGUCCAACCCACGUACCAUUGCCCCGACUCGACUCAACAAUCGCAAACUUCGUACAGUGCCGCGCAAAAAGCUUCAUGUCAUGAUAGUCAAUCUAACGUUAGUGGCCUGAAACUUUUGUCCGGUGCCGUGAGGAAAGAACAAUCUUGUACACAGACAAUCUCAAUCCAGUCUUUUUUUGCAAAAUGUCAGGGUUACGCAGAGGAAAAUGACUUUGAAAAGCACAACUCGAUAUGAGAUGUUUUGAAAGAUUUAUAGCGAGACUUUUAACGGUGUAAAUAUUCCUGUGGAGUGGCUGUGGCCUCGUGUGUCGUCAUGUCGUGUUUCACAAUGUGUCUGGCCUUCGACGAUGUCGCGUUUCGUGUCACCGGGAGAGAUUUCCACUUGACCUUAAAAGUGCUGGCGGGGGAUACGCUCCGAUUUUGUCUCGUAUCGUGCGCUCUUCGCAUGACUUAACACUGGAUCCAUACAUGGUUUUAUAUGGGGGGGAAUAAUUGCCUUGACUUCUAUGUGAUUGUUAAAAUAAGAUAAACGGUGUGUUUGUUCUGUCUUUGAAUGAUUUUAUCGUAGAGUAAAUCAAGACAAUCUAAUUGGCCCAUUCAACCAUGUAUUUCAAUAGCCUCCCAGUUGUGUGAUGAUGAAUAGACAGAAAUUGAUAUACAGUAUAACACCCCGCCACAAGUUUUUAUUUUAUUUUAUUUUUUUUAAACGACUGAUGUGACUAUUAUGUACCAAAUGUUGAAACAACUGCUGCCAGGACAACAUUGUGGACCUGCGUUAGGCGUGCGUACACGGUGCCCGCACCAUCAAAGGAAUCUCGCUAAAAUGCCUUCAACUUGUUAUGAACGCGACACUGCACGUGUACCGCCUUAAACUUCACGUUGCGCCGUUACGCACGAUCAUGCUCAAGCCCCACUUUAAAAACAAAAUAAAUAAAUACAUAAAUAAAAAGAAGCUUGGGCAUGUGCAGUUUUGCAACUCUGUAUUACUUGAAUCUGUGUGAAGAAUUUUUUUUUUUUUUUUUUUUUUUUUUAAAACAGAGAUUUGUAAAUGCAUUUUCUCUACAGCUGUGAAACUUCUCAUCCUUGACGCUGUCCUGAAUAAAGAGUUUUUAGGACCCAAAAAAAAAAAAUCCUUUCUGGUCAUACAAACAGUUCAUAAUAUGACUCUGAACAUAGUAUGAGUAUUUCGACACUGGAAAUUGUCUAAUCUGCCCAUAGCCUUCACAAUCAGUUGUGCUGGCCCAGGUAACCUCACCAAUCACAUUUCAAAUUUGUCCUCACGGGGGGGCCAAAGCGCUGACCUUUGAUGACAGCGGCAUUUUUCUGUCCUCUGAUUGGUUGGUCAGAGCAAAACUUGUCUCCGGACAUUUUGGGCUAGCAAAACACAUCUGCAGUUAUCUGCACACACAAACACUUUUAAUAAUCAGCAUCUCUGGGCAUUAUGAUGGAUUUUAUUGAAAUGGUUCAUGUUUAUGAGAUAACCAAUAAUUGUCAACUGUUCCUGAUGAUGUACACAGCACAUUUGGGUGCUGUUAUAUUGCGUUUUUUGGGAUCAUAUUGUUGGUUUCUAUCAUUGCGACGUCACAGUGGUUGUAUUAAAAGGGUGGAUUAACUCCCCACUGGUCUGUCCCGUCAAACCACCUGGGAGGGAUCCCAGCAGUACUUGUGUCCUUGAUCCAAAGCCGACAGUCUGCCCAUGUCGCCGUCACUCAGUGCGAA